AAAGACCCGUGGAGAGCCUUAACUGAAGCUUCCAUAUAUGGACUGUCGAAUCAGAAGCUGAAUUCGGUAACACCUGACACGAAAUGAAACUGAAAGCUAAAGUAAUUUAACUUGUCAACGUCUUCAGACAGAUGUAAGAAACCUAGGCGGCGCAGCAGGCCUCGUUUUGUUUUGGUUAACAUCGACGGUAAAAUGCACAGAAGACUCUCAGGCAACACCCUAAAGGCACAGGAGUCUCCACCGAUAAGACCAGAUCCAGGAGGAAUGUCCAAUCUGAAAAGCAGUAAUAUAUGUGGAUCGCCCAGUAUGGACUCAGACAUAGUCCAUACAGCAGCGGCAGCAGUGUCCUCAUGUCCCAGUGCAGUCUCCCUGAAGAGUAACAAGUCCAUGGGCAUUCCUGAGCACUUUAGAGGGGGAGAGGAUCCUACUGGUGAAAGAGUCCAUACAGCAGCAGCAGCAGUGUCCUCAUGUCCCAGUGCAGUCUCCCUGAAGAGUAACAAGUCCAUGGGCAUUCCUGAGCACUUUAGAGGGGGAGAGGAUCCUACUGGUGAAAGAUGCAGACAUUCAAGAGUUUUCAGUGACCAGACUGCACUGAAUCAGAACCUGGACUUAAAGGAUUUUCAAGGAAAACUUUUUGAAUUCAUGGAAGCAAAUAUGAUGAGUUUUUGGAAGGUCCUCAAUCCCACUGGAGACUUGGAGGAAGAUAAAGAAAAGGAGGAGCUGGUUGAUGAUGAACUGACUCAGUCAGAAGCUGCAGCCAAAGAAGGCUUUCUGCAGAUCACACUCCACAUAUUGAGGACCAUGAACAUGGAUCCAUAUGUCUUCACCCUUGAGCAGAGGUAUUAUGGAGAACUACCCAUGUAUCAGCGGAAAUUGAAAUUCUGUAUGAGAGCAAGAUAUAAGCACAUGGCUGAAGGGUUAGCAAAUCAAGAAAAUGACACAACCUUCAAUAAAAUAUACACAGAACUCUAUGUAUUUGAUGGAGACAUAAGAGAAAUCAACAGUGAACAUGAAGUGAGACAGAUAGAGACAGCCGUCAACCGACCAAGGUCAGCAGAAACACCAAUCCAAUGCGAAGACAUCUUCAAGCCCUUACCCAAACAAGGCAAACCAAGAGUGGUGCUCACCAAGGGAAUAGCAGGCAUCGGCAAAACCGUGUUGUCCCAGAAGUUCAUGCUGGACUGGUCAGAGGAGAAGGCCAAUCAAGACAUCCAGCUCCUGUUUUCACUUCCUUUUAGGGAGCUGAAUUUGCUUGGAAAUGAAAAAAGAAGUUUGAUGGAGCUUCUGUAUGACUUUGAUCCAGACCUGAAAGUAUCUGGAAUCAAAGACCUGAAGGCGUACAAAGUCCUGUUUGUAUUGGACGGUCUUGAUGAAUGCAGACUCCAUCUGGAUUUUGAGGGAAAUGAGAAAUGUCAUGAUGUUACACAGUCUGCCCCAGUGGAGGUGCUGCUGACAAACCUCAUUGCAGGUAAUCUGCUGCCAGAAGCUUAUCUGUGGAUAACAACCCGACCUGCUGCAGCCAGCUGUGUCCCUUCACAGUAUGUUGACCGGGUGACUGAGAUACGAGGCUUCAGUGACCUACAGAAAGAGCAGUAUUUCCACAAGAAAAUUGAGGAUGAAAACUUGGCCAAAAGAGUAGUCACUCACGUUAAGUCAACAAGAAGUCUCUACAUCAUGUGUCAUGUGCCAGUGUUUUGCUGGAUUUCCUCUAUUGUCCUGGGAGAAAUGUGCGCUAAAGCAGGAGUAGGAAAGAUGCCAAAGACUUUGACUCAGAUGUACAUCCACUUUUUGGCACAUCAGACCACACAGAUGCGUGUCAAGUACUCUGAGGAGCGAGAACUGGACUCCCAGGGGAAUAACAAGGUGAUUAUGUCACUUGGGAAGUUGGCCUUCCAGCAGCUGGACAAAGGCAACCUGAUCUUCUACGAGGAGGAUCUCAGAGAAUGUGGUAUUGAUGUCCAAGAAGCAUCUGUCUACUCUGGAUUGUGCACUCAAGUCUUUAGGGAAGAGUCCUGCAUGCAGAAAAAAGUCUUCUGCUUUGUGCAUCUGUCUGUCCAAGAGUUUCUGGCAGCUUUGUACGUACGUGUAAUGUACAAGGUCAGUGGUGAAAACCUGAUAACUGAGGGAUCUGGACAAAUGGCCCAAACAAAGCCUGUAUCUGAGCUGCACAAAGCUGCAGUGGACAGAGCUUUACAAAGCGACAACGGUCACCUGGAUCUUUUCCUGCGUUUCCUCCUCGGACUGUCCCUGGAGUCCAAUCAGGAUCUGCUCAGAGACCUGAAGAUUAAGGUAGAAACCUGCGACUCCCAAAGUCAUUUGGAAACCAUCAAGUACAUCAAAGACAAAAUCAGGCAGAUUCCUCAUACAGACAGGUGUAUAAAUCUCUUCCACUGUCUGAAUGAGUUGAAUGACCACUCUCUGGUAGAAGAGAUCCAGAGCUACUUGGAUUCAGAACGAGAUUCGCAGAUGGACGAGUGCUCUGCAGCUCAUUGGGCAGCUCUGGUUUUUGUGUUGCUGACCUCACAAGAGCAACUUGAGCUGUUUGAACUUAAGAAGUACUCCAGGAAAGAAGAAGGUCUUCUGAGGCUCCUACCUGUCCUCAAAGCAUCCAGAUCAGCAAAGUUGAAUGAUUCUAGACUCACUGCUAACUGCUGUCAGGCACUAUCCUCUGCUCUCAGCUCAACAUCAUCAGAACUGUGUGAUUUAGAUUUAAGUGACAACAGUUUGCACGACUCUGGAGUUGAGCUUCUCUGCACCGGACUCAAGAGCCCUCACUGCAGACUGAGGAUGCUGAGGCUCAACAGAUGCAGUCUCACCUCGAGAUGCUGUAAAGAUCUGGCUUCAGUUCUGAGCUGUCCCUCAUCACGUCUUGAAGAGCUGGACCUGAGUGACAAUGACAUCGAAGACUCAGGAGUAGAGCUGCUCUCCACCGGACUGGGAAAUGUGUGCUGUAAACUGAAAACCCUUGGGUUGUCAUUCUGUAACAUCACAGAGAAAGGUUGUGGUUUUUUGGCCUCAGCAGUGAAGUCCAACCCAUCCCACCUGAAAGAGGUGGACCUGAGCUAUAAUCACCUGGGAGAGUUCGGAGUGAAGCUCAUCUCUGAAGCUCUGGAGGAAGGACAAUGUGAAUUUACCAAACUCAGAGUGGACCACAAUGCAGAAUGCUGGCUAAAACCUGGACUGACAAAAUACGCAUGUGAACUUACCCUCGAUCUUAACACAGCCCAUAAACUCCUCGUCCUCUCUGAUGGGAACCGAAAAGUUACCCAGGGUAGAGAGGAGCAGCCAUACCCCGAUCACCCUGACAGGUUUGACCACUGGUCCCAGGUCCUGUUCCAGCAGGGCUUGACCAGUCGCUGUUACUGGGAGGUGGAGUGGAAAGGAAACUGGGCCGGGCUCGGAGUGACCUACAAGGGUAUCAAUCGCAAGGGUGUGCCAAACAACUGUGUGAUUGGAUACAACAGGGUGUCUUGGGGUCUGCAUUGUUCUGAUCAUGGCUAUGCUGCAUAUCACAAUAUCAAGAGCAUUGCCAUUUCAGUUCCCUCAUCAGGUUGCCGAAGGGUUGCGGUGUACCUGGACUGGGAGGCUGGUAUCCUGUCCUUCUACAGAGUCUCUCCUGAAAGGUCACUGACACACCUUCACACCUUCUUCACCAAAUUCACCGAGCCUCUUUAUCCAGGGUUUAGAGUCUGGGACUAUGGCUCCUCUGUCACACUGUGCCAGCUUAAGUAGCUUGGUGUAUCUUUGACUUGCUUUACUUUACUCCUCUUGGAAAGUAAUUUAUGUCUCUUUCUAAGUUGGUGUAUGUGAAAGGUGCAACAGUUCCACUCAACUAAGAGCUGAGGCACUGUAUGUUUUAGUGCAGUAGAUAAUUUUGUUUUAUUACAACUCAAGUUUUGGUUGUAUAGUUUUCUCUGUUUCUAUCAAUGAUUGUAGCAUUUAUCUCACCAAAUUCCUAUCAGAGAUCUGUGAAUAGUAUAACACCACUUUUGGUUCUCUCCAUGUAAUUUAUCUUCUAGUCAAUAGCAGUCAGUUUCCAAUAUGAGAAUGUCAUGACCUGUAACCUGGAGCUUCUCAUAACUUGACUGUGAAAGAGCCUGUAAGUUGUUGGUUCUAGUAUUUGCCUUGCCUGCAUUACAUAUAUGGCCUUCAUAGAUGUACAUGUAUUUUCAUAUAAAAAUAAAUUUCACAUGGGAAAUUGGCAGUAUCACACCAGAAUAUGUUAAUUGGUGGUGUGGGUAAAAUUCUGAUAAGGAUAUUAACAUUUAAAUUAUUUCCAUAAUCAACUGAUAUUACCUUGACAGAAGUUCAUUUCAUUUUGAUCCUGAGAUUUUAUGGAUGUUAUGAUGUGUUAUAUGAUGUACAGAUUGUGAAACCAGAGGAGGAGAAUUUGUAAUGUGUGAUAUUGAGGUAUACAAAUAAAAUUGACUUGGUGUUGGUGUAA